GCCACCUCCCUUCCCCACAUUGCCCGGGGGUUUGGAGGGGCCUCCACGCUGCCCUUGCCUUCCACGCCGCGGGGCCCCUGUCUCCUUGUGGCCCUCAGACCCGUUAACCUAGACCAGGAGAGGCAGGCCUUCUUCCAGUCUGACUAUAAAUACGACCCACAGUUUGAGUACUCGACCCCGGAGCCCAGCACUGUGCUGGAGAAAUACAGAGAGGGAUCUGGCCUCUUCCUCACACAGGCUGUUGGGAUUAUGGAGUGUAUUCUGAGGAAGUUUGGUAACUAUGAGAACUUUGAGGAGGUGACGGGAGGAAGUAUUUUACCGAAGAGUAGAGUCUGGGCUGCUGCACGCAAGUACCUGCAGAAGGAGAACUGUGUAGGAGAGGUGGUGGUGUGUCUGUCUGAGGAGCUGCUGUCGCAGGCUGUGAUGAUGGUGGAGAGUUGUCGUCCCACUCUGACUAUCAACCUGUCUGGAGCACGACAACACUGGCUGGAGGGCAUGUUCAGGCAUGAGAUAGGAACCCACUACCUUCGGGGUGUGAACAACAACCUGCAGCCCUGGUCCACUUCCGCAGGCAGGAAGCAGUAUGGCCUGAAACCGGCCAAUCCCACGGAAGAGGGCCUGGCAAGCCUGCACAGCGUGUUGCUACGGAAACAGCCCUACCUGUGGCGCGCCGCUCUGCUCUACUAUACGGUGUACCACGCCGCCAGGAUGAGCUUCAGCCAGCUCUUCAGCCACAUCGCUCAGUUCGUCCAGGAUCCCGCGGUGCGCUGGGAGUACUGCCUCAGAGCCAAGAGGGGACAGACGGACACCUCGCAGCCUGCAUCACCAUGGGACAGCUGUACGAGAAGGAGAAGGACGAGGACGGCUUUUUAUACGUGGCGUACAGCGGAGAGAACACCUUCGGUGUCUAGACCCACCUUCAUCAUCAUCAUCAUCAGCCUUACUUACGACAGAAUACAACACCUGGCCACACCCACCCCCCACCCCUGGGAGAAGCCCUGGGAAACCCCCAGAGAAAUGAAGUGAAAUAAAGAGAAUAAGAGAGUGAUCAGUUGAGUGAAAUGAGUGUCACCAGUCUGUCUAAUCUAUUCCUGCCCAUGUUGUAUCAAUGCUGUUUACAUUCAUUUAUUAAUAUGUUUAUUAUUAUUUUUGAAGUUAUGUAUAGUGAUAAAAAUAGGAAUGACUGUUUUGUUUGUUUGAUGUUUUGUGCUUUACUUUAGUUUAGGUGCUUGGAGGUUGUUUUUUUUCAUUCGCGAAAUGAUAUUUUUGUUUGAAGUUUCACUUUCAGUUUGGCUGUUAUCCUUGAAGAUUUAUAUUUCAAAUAAUUUUAACUAUUUGAACGGUAAGGUAGCUGGAUGACCUAACCAAUAAAAAAUGUGAAUAA